AUGGGAAAAAUGGUAACAGAAAUUGUUGCUUUGCUGCUUAGUAUAUCAGGCUGGGUUCUCAUCUCCUCCACACUGCCCACUGACUACUGGAAAGUAUCCUCCGUAGAUGGAACAGUCAUCACUACAGCAACAUUUUGGUCCAAUCUCUGGAAAACAUGUGUGACAGAUUCAACUGGAAUUUCCAACUGCAAGGAUUUUCCUUCCAUGCUGGCUUUAGAUGCUUAUAUCCAGGUGUGUCGUGGGCUGAUGAUCUCUGCAGUGUUCCUGGGUUUCUUUGGAGCCAUUCUAGCCCUAGUUGGAAUGAAAUGCACUAAGAUAGGUGGCUCUGAGACUACUAAAGCCCGGAUUACUUGCCUCUCUGGACUACAUUUCAUCAUCAGUGGUCUUUGUUCAUUGACAACAUGUUCACUGUAUGCCCACAGAAUAACGUCAGAUUUUUUUGAUCCAUUAUUUGUAGCACAGAAGUUUGAGCUGGGAGCUGCACUGUUUAUUGGAUGGGCCGGCUCUGUCCUUUGCUUUCUCGGGGGGACUAUCUUCUGCUUCUCAAUGACAGAGGGAUUUACCCUGAGAGAGUACACCUACACUGGAGUCACCUCUUUCAUGACAGCUCAAAGCAAAAAUGCCAACAGUCCUGUAAUUUCUGAAAAAGAUGUAACAGAUCAAGGUUGCUCUGUAAGGCAGUUUGGGAGAAAUGCCUAUGUGUGA